GCGCUGAGCUGAGCUGAAAGCAGGAGCCGGGAGCCGGAGAUGGGGGCGGCCGGGGCCCGCUGGGCGCCUGGGGCGGCUCUGGUGCUCGCGGCCCUGCUGGGGGCCUCGAGAGCCGGCCUGGCCGACAACGUGAUCUGGGCAGUGAACGCGGGCGGCGAGGCCCAUGUGGACGUGAACGGCAUCCACUUCCGCAAAGACCCGCUCGAGGGCCGGGUGGGCCGAGCCUCUGACUAUGGCAUGAAGCUGCCAAUCUUGCGGUCCAACACAGAGGAUCAGAUUCUGUACCAGACUGAGCGUUACAACGAGGAGACCUUUGGGUAUGAAGUCCCCAUCAAGGAAGAGGGCGACUACGUUGUGGUGUUGAAGUUUGCUGAAGUUUAUUUUGCACAGUCACAGCAGAAGGUGUUUGAUGUGCGCUUGAAUGGCCAUGUGGUGGUGAAGGACUUGGACAUUUUUGACCGAGUUGGACAUAGCACAGCUCACGACGAGAUCAUUCCCAUCAGCAUCAGGAAGGGGAAGUUGAGUGUCCAGGGAGAGGUUUCCACAUUCACAGGGAAACUCCAUAUUGAGUUUGUCAAGGGAUACUACGACAAUCCAAAAAUCUGUGCACUAUACAUCCUGCAAGGAACAGUGGAUGAUGUUCCAAAGCUGCAGCCUCACCCUGGACUAGAGAAAAAGGAGGAUGAGGAAGAUGAUGAAGAGUAUGAAGAAGGCUCCAGCGUUAAAAAACAGGCCAAUAAGAACCGGGUUCAGUCAGGCCCCCGGACACCAAACCCCUACGCCUCAGACAACAGCAGCCUCAUGUUCCCUAUAUUGGUGGCCUUUGGUGUCUUCAUUCCUACCCUCUUCUGCCUUUGCCGGUUGUGAGGGCAAGCCCCAUGCAGAGAUGCAGUGGCAGGGGCCGCAGGCCAGGAGGAAAGGAGUUGGACCAAAUGUGGUUGCUUUCAGUUUCUCCAUAUUUUUCAUAAUUUAAGGGAAAAAAAAGUUCAUUUGGAAUGAACUGCAGGUACAGGUAAAGGGGGGAGCUUGCCUUCUCCCAGCCAGCGAGCAGCGAGGCCUUGGCUUCCCCUGUUGCAUCAUAAGCAGCAUCCCUUCCUCUUCGGGGCACUUGAGAUUAAACUGGAUCCUUGCUGUCUGUCUGGACUGUAGGAAGCUGAUGCUGGCGAACUUUGGUCCAUAUCCCGCACGGAGAGGAAGUUGCGUGACCCAAAUGUUGUGCCCUUGUCCAGGUGGAUAAUUGGUCCCGGCUUAAGAAGCUAAGCAGGGAAGCACUCUCUGAAUGUUGCCUGGAAAAACAGCCUUUGAAGUGAGGCCUAGAUGUGUGUGUUGGUCAGAAGUGUGCACAGAUGUUCUGUUGCCUUUGGGUGACAAUUAUGGGGGAAAGAGACUGGCUUUUCAACAGUGAUCUGAAUGUGUGUAACUAAAUGCACAAUACUUCUCUGUCCUAAAGAUACACAGGCUCAGACUUGCUGAUGGGUCUCCAGGAAAGGUUCUAACUUUAGAGUGAGUUGCAGAAAGAGCUGAGGGAAUUAUUUGGCCUGAUUUUCUGCACCAGUUGGGAGAAACUUUCCUAGUUUGAUAAUUGUGUAACGUUAGAUCGUUGCUGCGGGGGUUCUUCUGUGACCUGCAAUAGGCUGGCUUUUUGCUGCAGUGUCUCUGCCCCGGAUGUGUUUGGUUUCUGUAUCAGUUGUGGCUUUUAUUUCCUUUUUAAUAUUUUUCUUCGCAGUGGGCUCACUUCAAGCCCCAUCCCACCUUGCCCUCUCUAGUGUUCAGUGUCUCCCCUGGAGGGGCUGAGAACCAGGUGACCAAAAAAAUGGAGGCUCUGAGCCUCCAAUGCUUGUGCAUCCCUGCUAUGAUCAAUAGUCUGGCAGCCAUAAAACAGAGUAGUGCAACCCUUGAAGUACUUUCCAAUAACCCUGUAAUCCUUCUGCAUCAGCUGCAUUGAUCUAAUCCAGUCUGCAGUAAUGUGAGAUUGCAGUCUGUACCUACCAUUAACUAUCUUGCGUAGGCUUUGGAAUAUCAGGAUGUGCCUAAGAAUUUGAUGCUGGCAAGUGCCAAGGUGCCCAACUUCUCAGUCCUGUAGGAUGAGCAUGUCCAUCUAUUGUGGAGAAUCUGAAAUGGAUGGAAACUGAUGUAGAUCAGUCUGGUCAGCUUCCAUGGUCACCUAAUGAUGGGUCUGAGCUACCCUGUUCACCUUCCCCCUCUGACAGCUUAGCAAGUGGACUCUGCACCCACAUGAAGAAUAUGUGUUCUCUGAGUGGGGUGUCAGGAGUGGCUGCUUUGCUCUGGAUCUGAGUCUGGUGUAAUCAGGAGAGCAGUGUGGAAAACAAAAGCCUGCAAUGUGCAGUCCACACACUCUUCCUGAUCUGGAACUGAAGGUCCUUGGGCAGCUGGCAUCACUUAAGAUCUGAAUCUGCAAGGUGCUGAGCAGCUUCCAUUCCCAUUGACUUAUGGGAGUUGGGAGUGCUCCCUUCCUUACUGGAAGUGCCCAACACCUUGCACAGCCAGGGUAAAGGGUAUUCUUUGGAGCUUAAGUCUUGAGACACCAGCCUUGUCAGCUUUAAUUCUAAUAACAUCCAUCCUCAGGGCAGAAUUCUCUUUGCCUUGGGCUAAAUCUGUUUUUUUUGGCAAGCAUCUCAUCUGCUUCAUACUGUGCAGCUUGACUGAGAAGUAAUCCCCCUGCUGCUCCUGCUUGGAUUCUGACUUUUCUUAUCAGUUGCUUUUGAGCACAGUUGUGUGUAGCUGCUCAACUCACACCUGGCCUUUUGAUAAUCUAGACAGAGCAUCCUGAUGAAGGGUCAGCAGAGCUCUAUGAAUAAUCCUUUUACAGCAGCCAAAACAUUUACUUUCUUCCUAUUAAUUUUCAAGCUGUGGAAAGUGUUGCCCAGCCAUGAGUGCCGAGACAGGAGCUAGGGACGCUGUCAGAGCAUUGGUCCCCAACGCAGCCAUCUUUCUGAGCAAGUGCAUUGCUGCUUUGUGUUUAACCACAAUUCUGAUUCUGUGGGUCCAGUGCAAAAUAUAGGAUCCAGCUGAGCUUUCUCCCAUUGCUACUGUCAGCCACUAAUGCUCGCACAAGCAGUUCAGUUGGUAAAACAGUCGGAGAAUGCUUGACUGUAAUGAAACCUACCCACGGGGAGGAGAAGGCCAGCAGUAGAUCUCCAGAGCAAGCUAAGCUCUGAAACAGUGAGAGGCCUGGGACUAGCAGCUCAUUCAGCUGUUUCCUCCUGGACUCUUGUCACUCCUAAAUGCUUAUUUUCUUAAUGUGUGAGUCAAUUAAAAAGGUGUAUUUUGAGGACAUUUUUAAUUACAGGCAUUGCCACUCAGAAAAUUUUGUCUAAACUUAUGAUUUCCCCAGAUCUCUUUGGCCACCAUCUGAUCACUCUAACGCAGUAGCACAGCACAGGGUGUGGAACCUUAAUCAAAUAGCAGGAACUUCUUGGGUUCAGCACAAACUGCCCUAAUUCAUUAGGCAAACCAAGAAUUUGAUCCUGAAAACAACAAGGCUUCCAGUUGAGGAGUGUGCUCUUCUCUUCCCCUGAGAUGCCAGCAUUUCUUAGACACAAGUCUCCUUCAGGACCCCUCAGUCUCUGCACAGUUUGAGCUCCAGGGCCCACACCUAGGAUCAUAGGUGGUAGAGAUGGAAGAGGCCUGUUAGAUUAGUCCACUCCUCUGCAAGGCCAGGGUAGCUGAUCCUGCCCUGUUCCUUCUAAUAGUGGCAAUGCACUUGCUCUGUGCUGGACUCCCACCUGAGGAUGAAGCACGUGUCUUUAGGGGUAGCCAGCAUGGGAUUAGACUUCUGCUGUGUGUUGCAGCCUAUGUUUUUCAAAUAAAAUUAAUUCAGUUUAUUUUUUUUUAAUUGGAAUAUUUUUUGCUCUGUUUACCCAUAACUUGCUUAUCAAGCCUUCUCUUCUGCACUGGGGGUGAGGUACUCACAUAGGUUUGUGCUUCCUCCCUCCCUUAGCUGCUUGCUGGGUCAUCUGGCCCCAUGAUGGUACUGUAAUAAAGCAAUUUUCCUUUUUGCUUUCCUGUUUUAACCCUUCCUUUUCUGGCAGCUUCAGACUUCAUUUGAAGGAUCCUUUUGGGACAAGUAAAACGUGCUUUGUUUUUUAAAUAAGGACUAUUGAAGGGGAGUGGGGUGUAGUGGUCAGAGGGACCCAUCCAAUGUAUGAAUGGAUAUUGAGGUCUGAUUGUGGCUCGCUUUUGCGUAGAUCUCUUCAUAGCUGCAUCUGCAUUUCGGCUGCUUAAAACUGGCAAGAGGUACGUGGCUUGGGGGUGGUGGUUUAGGGCUACUUUAUUUUUCUGUUGUUGAUAUGUUGGAAUAUCUUAUCGUUCAGCCGUUGUCUUUCACUGAAGUUGGUUUCCAUUUGUAUUUAGGGAUGGAUGGUUGAGCAAAUACAGUCAGCAGGCGAGGCUGCUGCAUGGUGGAAAUGAGUGGAGAGUCAGUGAUUGCUUCCAUGACACAUUUCAAACUCUGGCUGGCUGUUUGCCUUUGGAACGGCUGAGCGGCUGUUCUACUUCCCUAAAGGCGUAGCUUUUCCACGGCCUUACAAAAAAGCAAUGUGAUGGUGAUAUGGGCUUGACUUGAACCUUCCCAGCCCAGGGUAUUCAAACUGCAGGUGGAGAUUCUUUGGUUUAUGUUUUUCCUCCCCACCUGCUGUGCCUAGGGUGUGGGAUCUCAGAAUAGCAGGCAGCCUUACACACCUGAGUCCUUCUUCUGCAGUGCAGUUGGGAGAGUGAGGAUCUGUUUCAUCCUUAACUCUGAAUUCUGUGGGCAUUAGUAGCUUUAAACCAGCCCUGUAACUUUGUACUGUAGUGUUUGUGUGAGUGGAACGAUAUCUAACCUUUCCCUGUGGGAUUGCAGGUGGAAGCAAGUGGAAUGCCAAAGCAAAUCCUUAUGUUCAUUUUUGGUGCCUUUUUGUUGUGGUUUGAUCACAAGUCUGUUGGAAGAAGCUUCUGUUUUAAGGAACUUCUGUUUCCACUUUAUAUCUAACUCCUGGAGGAGACGGUCCCUAAUCCAGGCACUUCCCCCUCUAAAAGCAGCAGGCAUUCUCUUACCGUCCUGUGAUCCAUACUCUGGAAUGUCCUAGCUGAAGUACGGUGCGACUUGUGAAUAUCCUCUGAUAGUUUCUGUUGCUGGAUGCAUAGUAAUGGAUGUGAUAGGGGAACUGGCAGGCUCCUUCAGGUUUGUUCUCCCCAAAGAAAUCUCCAGAGGGAUGGGGAGCUUCCCGGAAACAUUGUCCCCAUCUGGCCAUGGUUUUCAGGGGCUUGGUGAAGGUCAGAUUUUGGGUAGGAGCGUGCCCUCAGCAUGGCUUGAGUCCUGCUUCUGCAGCAGUAGCGAAGUUUAUGGCAUGAUGUCAACCCCAUCCCGCAUCAGGAUCUUGCUAGGAAAGGUCUUCCCUUAGAGUGGCCAUUGUGGCAGGGACUCUAAACCAAGAGCAGAAUACAGUACUUCAUCCCUGGCUUUGCUGUGGUUGAGACUGGACUAGCAGCAACCAUUGGAAACAUAGUCCAAUUUCAGCUGUAGCCUGCAUAGUCCCUUUGGAAAAGAAUAGAAAACUACUGGAGUCUGCAUGACUCGAUGUGUAACAGAUUCUGAGAACGUGGUUUGGGACAAAACUUCUCUUAAACUCCUGCUAGUAGCAGACCCUCUGCGGCAUCUGUCUGCUCCUUGUGCCAAUUAGGGCAGGAGAGAGAUCUGCUUAGUGGGAAUCUCAGGGAGAGCAAGGUCUGGAAUCUCAGAAUCAAUUCCACUAUCUGGCUUUGCUACAUCUCCAUAACAAAUGUAUGCAAAGGUCUAAUGGGACUAGGCUUGGGGUUUUUUUACACACUUGCCUCUGUUUCCACCAGAUUUUAUCCAGUGAUUAAAUAAGCUUAGGCAUGUAUUCUUGAGGAGGAAUAUAUCAUGUGGGUUGGAACUGAGAACUCCUCCCAGGAAAGGAUGGAGCCUAAUAAAUAGGCACCAAGUUCCUGAUCUUGACAUAAUGGUUAGGGGAUGCAUCAGACCCAUGAAACUUGUGAUUAUUUCACAUCAGAUCUGAACAGACUCAUCCCAAGAAUAUGAUAGUACUUAAUUUCUGGCAUUGGUCUGUGAGGAGGAGGUUGCAGCCAGGGUUCUGUCUUUCUGGACUCUGGCUUACUCAGAGUUUAUAGCUAUAUAUUAAAGAACUAUUUCUGAAGAGAUCAAGGAAAUGCUCUGGGGUACUCUGUGCCUGGUCUAGUCAGCAUGACUCUCAUUGCUGACAUUGGUUUUUAUUCCCCCCUCCCUCACCCCAAUAAGAGUUUUAUUAAAAAAAAAAAAAAAUACAGAAGUGCUUUCUUCCCUCCCAGAGAGAGUGCUGUCUGCUCAGGAAAUGUGAAUAAUCCAUAGCAAACAGCAAAAGCUCAGGAGGCUGUGGGUAGAGGUUAAUCCCAGGGAAAGUGAGGAAACAGCAGCUCAGACAGGUGUCAAGAGCAGUUUUUAACAAGUCUUGUUUAACCAGAAACUCUUAGUGUGUGUGUGAAUCUAGGAAAUGCAAAAUCUUUGAGCCAUAGUUAUUUCUUAUUCAUGUGUGUUAGGGGUGUGCUUAUUUGUUCUCUCACAGUGAUUCGGUUUUAAUCCAGGCAUGUUCAAUCAGAAUCUUGGAGUGACUAAAACACCCACUAGAGGCUGAUAAACUUGGGCCAGGGCUGCUCCUGGGGACUUCUUGCACUCAAGCUCUUCCUGCUUAAGAAACUAACCAGUCUGUAAGGUGGCUCCAGGCUGCAUGAAACAAAAGUAGAGUUCUCAGGGUCGUUGGAGAAGUAGCUUGGAUUGCCCAAGGCUUUAGCCCAGUUACAGUGACAAUGUUUGGGUCCCAUCUGCACAGCAACUCUUAACUGUGUUGUAAGUAAGUGGGUCCCAUGACAUGGAUAUGGUUGUGUAGACAAGGUCUGAAUGAGCUGCUUGCAGGUCCCUCUUGCUAAGGGAACACUGGCUUCUUGAAAUCAGCUGAUUUGUUGAGCAUUAAGAACCACACAGCUGCAAGCUCUGCUCAAGGCUGCAAGACUUGAAUGACCACGAAGGAUAUAGCAAUAUGGCAAGAAAUAUCAAUUUCUUUUGGGUUAAAUCUUCAUCUGUAUUAGUAAUCAGUACUAAAGGGUUUUGAAGGAGGAUUUUUUUUUUUUUUUUUACUGUCCAUUGCUUUGUGUUAUAACAACUUGCGGUGACUGUUUGUAUCAGUCUUAGGCCCUGGGUUAAAAGCACAGAUGUCUAUUUCUGAUUGGACUGGCUUUGCAAAGGCUUGUUCUUUUGGGGAGAAGAGCUGGGUGUGUGGGUGGAUUAUUUUAUUUUUGGUACAUGUAGCUGUUUAUUUUUUAAUUUUCCCAGGAUGUUUGGUUGAGGGAAUGUUCUGAAAUCUACUGCCUGGCAGUUUUAACCAGCAGUGUAUUAAAGGAAAAUAAACAAAAUUAUAUUGUCA